CCUACAGAAGUGUUUGCUAUGCUUGUUCGGGUUCAUAGUUAAUGCACAGUGCUUCCAGUUUAAACUAGUGUGGGAAAGAAUAGCUUGGUUUGAAAUUUUUUACGUUUGUGCUGCAUGUAAAUYAUGAAGGUAUCAUUUGAGAAUGGUUUUUGGAUUGUCAUUUUGAUGACUGCCGUGAACAGUCUAAGGGGAGAAGAUGAUUGGGAUACGAAGACGAAGGAAAUUCCAGAAAUUUCAGCUCAUUUAACACAAACUUUAAAGACUUAUGAUAAGAGGUUACGUCCAAACGCUGGAGGUAAACCAGUGGAAAUAAGAGCCGAAUUUAAAGUUGGCUCAAUAGGUGAAAUAAAUGAGGCAGAAAUGAGCUACUCGCUGGAUAUAUUUUUCCGUCACUGGUGGAUUGACACUCGAUUGAAAUCCAACUUCUCCCAACCUAUAACACUCUCAUUGGACGCGUCUUCCAUUAUCUGGAUCCCUGAUACGUAUUUCUUGAACUCAAAAAAGUCUGAAUACCAUAAAGUGAUAGGGGACUGUAUGAGGCUUAUACUAUGGCCUAAUGGAAGCAUUUAUUACAGUGUCAGAUUAAGUUUGUUGUUACGCUGUGAAAUGGAUCUUCGUCUUUAUCCCUUUGAUAUACAACAUUGCCCGUUUAUCGUGGAAAGCCACGCAUACACAGAAGAUGACGUCGUAUACAAGUGGAAUCGUAAUAGGACACAUGGUAUAGAAGUGGCGUCCAAUCAGACAGCGCAGUUUUUUCUUUUGGAAGCCAAAUUAGAAAACACUUUGGUUAAGAAAAUAGCAGGUACUUAUUCCACGUUGUUUGCUACGUUCUCGUUCAAGCGUCGAUUAGAGUUUUUCAUUAUGACGGUGUUCGCACCAGCCACCAUCUUAACACUCAUGUCAUGGUGUUCUCUGUGGAUAUCGUCCAAGGCUGUACCCGCCCGCAUCUCACUGUGUAUUACCACUAUCUUGUCUAUUAUCUUACUUACAAGCACUGCUAAUUCACAUAUGCCCAAGGUGAGUUACAUGAAAGCCAUGGACGCAUAUCUCCUGGGAUGCCUAUCAUUCAUUUUCAUGACCCUAGUUGAAUUCGUGGUCGUGCUGAACGUUUCCUCUGACAAACCAACCAAAUCAGAAGUAAACCAGACCACUUCAGCAAGUACAGAAGAAAAAGAGGAUAUCAACAACGAAACUCGUACAAACGAGAAAAACAACGAAAGAAAAUCAAGAAAACAUGAACUAAACUUCCAGGACUUCUCUAACCUAGGCUGCGUCAGUGGAAUCGACGAAUCAGGCGACUGUGACGUCAGAACGCAGGUGACCAAUCAGCGAAAGGAAGACCAAAGCAUCCAUUACAUUGACAGGGCAUCACGUGUCCUGUUUCCUUCGAUGUUUAUGUUGUUUAUUGGUUUGUUCAGUAUGUGGUACUUUGUGUAAAUAAUCUAAGCUGAAUCCAACCAAACCUAACUACGAUUUUAUUUAACGUGGGGAUUUUUGGAAAUAUAUAUAUUGCUGAAUGAUUUAAAAGUUCUAAUAGAAGAAUCAUAUCUAGCAUGAAGGUACCUUGACAAGCUAUAGUCAAUAGCAACAUUUUUCACCUAGAUGUUGACAGACCUUACAAUAAGGUUCCUUAGAAGAUGAACUUCUGGUACAUAAUCGCUUCGUUAGGAUAACAGCACUUGCAUUAAAGUUCCCUAAAGAUA